CACGAUCCUCCUCGCCACCCUUGCCAACUGCCUCCAGUUUUCGGACGGCGACCUCCGCGGUGCUCCAAGGUCCGAAGUCCCAUCGAAGGGCGGCGCGGAAUCGGUCCAACCAAGAUCUCGCUGCCUGAGAUCACAUCCGGCCGUUGGCCACGUCUUUGCCGAGUUCCCAUCCUUCACGAGCGAGAGCCAACCUCUUCCUCGAGUGCCGAUCACUUGCCCGUCCGAUUCUCGCUGACCCACCGUGUGAGUCAAAGAUGCCCGAGCCCAACCGGAAGCGGCAAGCUGCGCGAUACCUGUGCUGCUGCUCCAGAUGUGUCGAUAAGCCGGAGGCCGAGCGGCUCUACUGCCGAGCAACAUUUUUCAGGCACAAAAAAUACGAUCGGGACCUCCUCGAUGGUCGCCGGGAAGAUAUCGAAACCCAGCAUCCCCAAGCACACCCAUCCGUGAAUGCUUGUGCCUGUCCCACAGCGGUUGUUCGGGAGCCUCUAUUGCUGAUACCGCCAGACCCAGAGGUAUCGACUCCUCGUAUCGAAGAGCGCCCCAACACUCCGUCAAUCCAGCAAUCAGCCGUGUCCUCACCCUUCGGUUAUGGGCCACGAUCGCCAAGCAGCCAUCUGGGGCAGAGCGAAGAGCAGACACACAGCUCUCGGGAGGUCUUACCCAGAGCGAGCCUUUUUAGUUUGAGCCCGAUAAAAGCCCAAAACGGGUUACUGGAGGGCAUGCCCUUUGACGGAGCUGUUUUUGACCUGGGAGGACAUGGCUCUCGCCAACGCCAUGAGAAUAUGUCGGCAUGGGGCGAUCCAGUUCCAGCCUAUCAAGCCCGAACACUAAGCUGGAUAGAACUCAUCACCAAUCCUGCGCCCAUCUCGAUCGACUCUGGUGGACCUCCUCCAAACGAGGUUCUAGAUCUCAACCUGACGGAAAAUGUAAUGCUCGAUUACCCCAGCACGGCUCAGGAAAGUUAUUUCCUCGGUGAAUAAGCCUGCCCACCGGAGACCUACGGAUCAACGUCAGGGACACCCGGGGAAGCCUGGUCGAGA